CUCACACUGUACCUAUUUAUGAGGGUUAUGCUAUGCCUCAUGCUAUCAAGAGAAUGGACUUGGCCGGUAGGGACUUGACUGAGUACAUGAUGACCAUCCUCACUGGUCGUGGCUACACCUUCACUACUUCGGCCGAGCGGGAGAUUGUCCGCGACAUCAAGGAGAAGCUGUGCUAUGUGGCCCUUGACUACGACGAGGAGAUGAAGUCGGCUUCCAACAGUAGUGAGCUGGAGAAGACCUAUGAGUUGCCUGAUGGCAACAUUAUCACUCUCGGCAACGAGCGCUUCCGAUGCCCAGAGGUCCUCUUCCAACCCGACUUGAUGGGCAAGGAGGCUUGCGGUAUUCACGAGACGUUAUUCAAUUCUAUCAUGAAAUGCGACUUGGAUAUUCGCAAGGAUCUUUACGCCAAUGUGGUCCUCUCUGGUGGCACUACUAUGUUUAGUGGUAUUCGAGAACGGAUGGGAAAGGAGUUGACUGCUCUCGCGCCCUCUACCAUGAAGAUAAAGGUUGUGGCUCCACCUGAGCGGAAGUACUCAGUGUGGAUCGGAGGCUCUACGUUGGCGUCAUUGUCGACCUUCCAGCAGAUGUGGAUUUCCAAGGAGGAGUAUGAUGAAGUUGGACCAACAAUCGUCCAUAGGAAAUGCUUUUAAGUAGAGAGAUAGAGUUUCCGUUGAUCACUGUGCUUCUUGAUGUAUAAUGCCUGUGAGCUAUGGAGUUUUAUGCGCC